GAAAGGGACACCAAAAUGGGGACACCAGAUCCGCAGCCACAUUUCCCACCACCAAGUGCUUCCAUAUCAAGUUAUCAACGACAUUGUUCACUCGUUUGGUCCUUCCUUCAGCAAACCCCCAAAGCAAUGGAAGUGGAAGUGAAGCUCCGCCUCCCAGACGCCGCCGCACACCAAAAGCUCACCGACCUCCUCUCCCCCUUCCACACCCAAACCCUAAUCCAAGAGAACAUCUUCUUCGACGGCUCCAACUCCGAGCUCUCCUCUAACCUCGCCAUCCUCCGCCUCCGUUUCUACGACGUCGACAGGCGCUGCGUCCUCUGCCUCAAGGCCAAACCCGUCAUCUCCGACGGCGUCAGCCGAGUCCUAGAGCUGGAAGAGCCCUUCGACCCUGUCCUCGGCCGCGUCUGCGUGGCCGAGCCGUGGAGGCUUACGGUCGUUGACUCCUCCGACAUCUUAAAGCGCGUGAGGGAGGAAUACAGUGUCGGAGGAGGGCAAGGGUUUGUGUGCUUGGGUGGGUUUAGGAAUGUGAGGGGUGUGUAUAAGUGGAAGGGGCUGAAGAUAGAGGUGGACGAGAGUAUUUACGAUUUUGGGACGUGUUAUGAGCUCGAGUGCGAGAGCUCCAACCCUGACAGGGAUAAGCAGGUUCUGGAAAACUUGUUGGAAGAGAACGGGAUUAGGUUUCGGUACUCGGAGGUCUCCAAGUUUGCGAUUUUCCGGUCCGGGAAGUUGCCGGAGUGAAAGCUACUUUGGAACUUGGACGCCAAGUAAUUGGUGUGUAAAUUGUGUUGGGAUUCAAGGCUUUCUCGUGUAGAAAAUGUAGUGCUUGUGCAUUAUCAUUCAAUUAACAAAAUAAUUCCCUAGUAA